AUGUUUAUGGUGAUUAUAAAGUAUGCAAUUACGAUUUCAAAGAUUUUUUAUUAUUCCUCAAUGUUUGAAGGUCUUAGUGCACCAUACCCUGCUCAUAUUAUUAUAAAUUACAAUGUUAAAAUUCAAAUAAUAUUUUCAUAUACGCUAAUUAUUGGUUCAUUUUCAGCCGCUUCAAAUGUUUCUGGUAUUUUAGAAGAUACCAUUGCAAUUACCGAAUUACUUAAACAAUAUAAAGCUCUUAGUUUCUGGGACUGUGCAUGUGCUGCACCAAAUAUACAAAUCGAUAUGAAUAGGUUAAAUGACAGUAGUUUUAAAAAACAAUGUUCCUUAUAG